AUGUCAGACAUCCGACCCUUAACACCUACCACAACCGAUAAGUCAAAGGCGGAGCCUCCUGCUCCUAUCGCAGAAGAUGCAGUUUUCGGCGAGAUCAUUGAAGAUGGGCCCAACUACAGAAAUAUCGGAUGGCUCGGGACUGUGGCUCUUAUGAUCAAGACCCAGUUUGGCCUCGGGGUCCUUGGCAUCCCACAGGUCUACGACACUCUCGGCCUCAUCCCUGGGGUCAUAUGUGUUUGUGCGAUUGCGGCCAUUACAACAUGGUCGGACUAUGUUAUCGGCACGUUCAAACUCCGCCAUCCAGAGGUCUACGCCAUCGACGAUGCAGGGGAGUUGAUCUUUGGUCGGCUCGGGCGUGAGGUUCUCGGUGUUGGGGUGUGUAUCUACUGGAUCUUCUGUACGGGCUCCGGUUUACUAAGCACGUCCAUUGGGCUCAAUGCGGUCUCAGCUCACGGCACAUGCACGGCGGUCUUUGUUGCUGUGUCUGCGAUUAUUGCGUACUGUUUGGCAAGUAUUCGGACGCUGGGAAGGAUCAAAUGGACUGCAUGGGCGGGGGUGGGGAGUAUUCUUACUGCUGUCUUGAUGGUCACGAUCGCAGUUGCACUUCAAGACAGGCCCUCGACGGCUCCUCAAACGGGCGCGUGGAAGUCGGACUACAAGCUCGUCGGCCGUCCAUCUUUUGUCAAAGCCAUAACUGCCGUCUCUUCCGUGGUAUAUGCCUUUGCCGGUACACCCGGAUUCUUCCCUAUAGCAGCAGAGAUGCGCAACCCUGCCCUCUACACCAGAGCCCUUCUCAUCUGUCAGACCGCCGUGACGGCGACAUACAUUUCCAUCGGGACAGUGAUCUACUAUUUCUGCGGCUCCUACGUCGCAUCGCCUGCUCUCGGAUCUGCCGGAACCUUGAUCAAGAAAGUCUCCUAUGGCAUCGCUCUUCCCGGCUUAAUCGCCAGUACGAUCAUUGUCUGCCACUUUGCCAGCAAGUACCUGUUCGUUCGCAUCCUCCGAGGCUCCAGCCAUCUGACCGCAAACACAUUCACCCACUGGGCUACCUGGCUCAGCUGCACUUUGGCCGUCACGGUCUCUUCGUACCUCAUCGCCAGCGGGAUUCCCAUCUUUCGUGACCUAGUGUCCUUGAUCGGUGCUCUCCUCGGGACAUUCAUGUCCUUCCAGCCAAUGGGAUGCAUGUGGCUGUAUGACAGUUGGAGACGGGGUCGCGAGCGGCCAACCCUCCGAUGGGCGCUAUUGUCCAUGUGGAGCAUGCUUGUGAUUGUUUUGGGGACAUUUCUCAUGGUUGCGGGCACCUAUGGAUCGAUUGAGAAUAUCAUCGCGACCUCUCGGCAGAAGGAGAUGGGGGGUUCGGCCUGGUCGUGUGCUGACAACUCGAGCUCAUGA